AAAAUAUUUUAAACAUACAUUCAUAAUAUUUUAAUUUCGUAAAUGGCAGAGAGAAAGCAAGUGAACAAAUAUUAUCCUCCUGAUUUCGAUCCAAGCAAGCAUUUCAGCUUAAAUAAAUAUCAUGGAACCCAUGCCUUACGAGAACGGGCCAGAAAACUGGAUCAGGGCAUUCUUAUUAUCAGAUUUGAAAUGCCAUAUAAUAUAUGGUGUAAUGGAUGUGAAAAUCAUGUUGGAAUGAGUGUUAGAUUUAAUGCUCAAAAAUCAAAGAUUGGGAUGUAUUAUACCACACCAAUUUAUAAAUUCAGAAUGAAAUGUCACCUUUGUCCUAAUCAUUUUGAAAUGAAGACUGAUCCACAGAAUUUGGACUACAUAAUAAUAUCUGGAGCUCGAAGGCAAGAGAGAAGAUGGGAUGCUAUUGCGAAUGAACAAAUUCAAACGGAGGAAAAAAAGGAGCACCACAAGAUGGAAAAAGAUUCUAUGUACAAAUUGGAGAGAGGGGUAGAAGACGAAGGCAAAAAGAUGUCCCUUAUACCAACUAUGGAACGUUUAGUUCAAAUACAAGAUACGCUUUGGGAUGACGAUUUCUCCCAAAAUAAGAGGCUCCGAGAUCAAUUGCGGAAAGAGAAAAAAAUGGAAAAGAUCAAAACCGAGGAGGAAAAUUCAGUGAAAUCUAAAUACAGCCUCAAUAUUCCAAUUUUAGAUAAAUCGGACAAGGACAAAUACUUAGCCAAACUUAUACUGCAUAAUGCUAAAAAAGAUCACGUUCAACUCGCGAAAAGUAUAAAAUCAUCCAUGCGAAAGCAAAAAAUAUUGCCCUCCUCUUCGAUUCCUCGGAACAUCAAAUUAUCCAAAAAAUCAAAAUUAUUUUUAGAAAAACUCAAGAAUACCUCUUCCGCCUCCUCCAAAAUAUUUUCUAACCCUAAUGGUAACGCCUAUCAAAAUGUCAAAUUAAAAAAUUGAUUGAUCAUGAAUUAUUUAUAUUUUAUACAA